AUAACAGUUGAAUCCCCAUAAACCAAUUACACCUGAGCAUUCUACUUUUAUCACGUCUUCAUCACUGAAGGACAGGAUUCACUGUGUGGCUUAUGUCUUAGACAUCAAUUCUAUUGAUAAUCUCUCCUCUGAAAUGCUGGCAAAAUUCAAGAAAGUUCGCAAAGAAAUAUUAAGCUGUGGUAUAGCACAUGCAGCCUUGCUUACUAACGUGAGUGAUUGCAGUGAGGUUCUUCAAGACAACUUUUUAAAUAUGAGUAGAUCUAUGACUUCUCAAAGCCAGGUCGCAAAUGUCAAUAAAAUGCUAGGCAUUCCUAUUUCCAAUAUUUUGAUGGUUGGAAAUUAUGCUUCAGAUUUGGAACUGAACCCUAUGAAUAAUAUUCUGAUCCUCUCUGCACAAAGGCAGUUGCUUCAGGCUGCAGAUGCCUUCUUAGAAGAUUUGCCUCUUGAGGAAACUGAUACAAUUGUGAGAGUGUUACAGCCCCGCAUUUGAUAUCAGUUGCCUUGACUCUGACAUUUGGGCCAACCUGUAUUGGCAUGCCUCAAUGAGAGUCAAUCUCUAUUGACAGCUGCCUUCAGAUUUUGAUUCUGUUCAUUUUGCCUUCUGUUCUUGGAACAGUCAUAUCUGAAGUUCAAAGGCCAAACCUGAGAAGCAGUGGGCUAAGAUAGGCCCUACCACAAACCACUCUUCCAUAUUUCUGCACUAUUUACAAUUCAGUUUCUGUGAUAUAUUUUUAAACCAUUCCAGGAAAAAUGAGAUAUUCUCUUAUGUAUUCUUCUAUAACACUCUAUAUAGCUCUAUGUGAGUACUAAUCACAUUGAAUAAUAGUUAUAAAAUUUUUGCAUAGACAUCUGCUUUCUUAAAUAGAUUGUGAGUUCUGUGAGAAACAGCAUGGAUUUUACUUAUCUAUGUAUUUACAGAACUGAUCACAGUGCCUGGUAAUGAGCAAGCAUACUUGCCAUUACUGCCCCCACCACCCUCACUGACAUCACAUUCACUUUAGAUUUUUCUCCACAU